CAUUUCCCGGUCUACAAGAGCCAAUGUGAGGCACAAGAUAUCGCACUGAAUGAACGUGCUAUUCCUGCAAGUGUCCGAAACUCCAGCGAGCACCAGAAAACAUUGGACGAGUCACUUGCCCCCAAAAUUCCUCAGUUCACGAAGGCGGGCUUGAUGGACUACAUAGUUGAGCUCAUCGUCUCCGAGGAUGAAGCCAUCCAGCUCGUCGACAAAGGGCCUUUCCGUCGCCUCUUGCAGUAUCUUCACCCCAAUCUUUCUGAUGGUGCCAUUCCUCACCAUACU